AUGUCCUUGCCGAGGCUAGAAUUGUGCGGUGCGGCAUUACUGGUUAGAUUAAUGAACAAGGUGGUCGAAGCCUUGAAGAUCGAAAUAGAAGAGAGACAUUAUUGGACAGACUCCAAAAUUGUCCUGGCUUGGAUAGGUGCACCUUCAAGGAGGUGGCAGACUUUUGUGGCUAACAGAGUAAGCGAAAUUCAAAGCAGCUCCUCUUCUGGCGAGUGGCAUCAUGUGAAGUCACGAGAUAACCCGGCUGAUCUAAUAUCGAGGGGGUCAACUCCUAUGUUCUUGAACGAGUCUACAUUAUGGUGGGAGGGUCCGCCUUGGCUAAAGACGGCGAGCCAAUUUCGAGACGCGGAAACCCUUGAUGUGAGUCUGAACUGUGUUCCUGAGCAGCGUAGGCGGGUGCCGGUAGCAAUAGCAUUAGUCACUGCGACUGUCGUAGAAUUUGAAAGAUUCUCUUCUUAUCCUAGGCUGCUACGCGUGCUAGCUUAUGUGUUAAGGUUCGUAAAUAAGUUAAGAAAGGACGAAAGUGUUUAUUCAGCUAGUCAUAUUUCGCCGGCGGAAUUAGAGAGAGCGCGAAAUGUGAUAAUCGCAUCAGUACAAGCAUCGACAUGGAUCGAGGAUAUCCAAAAAUUGAAAGGAGAGCGAGAGGUUAAGAGAAGUUCCAAACUAAUUAGCCUGAGACCAUAUUUGGAUACGGAGGGAUUAAUAAGAGUGGGCGGAAGACUGGAUUGGUCGAUGCUGUCCACAGAUGCAAAACACCCGUUGGUAAUUCCUUCCGAGCAUCAUCUGACGAGACUGAUCAACAUGGACCGUCAUGUUAGGUUGUUCCACGCAGGACUUGCGGCCACCUUGGCGGCGGUGCGGUGCGAGUUCUGGCCUAUAUCGGGAAUGAGCACUGUGAAAAGGUACUUGGCUAAAUGCGUUGUUUGUAGGAAGGCGCAACCCAAGCCCUAUCAGCAGAUUAUGGGUCAGUUACCAGAGGCGAGAGUUCAGAUAUCGAGACCUUUUGCGAAGGUGGGAUUGGAUUACUGCGGACCUAUCUUUGUAAGGGAUCGCGUGCGAAGAAACAGUAAGCAGUACAAAGCUUAUGUGGCCAUAUUUGUGUGUAUGGCUACAAAGGCCGUUCAUAUCGAAUUGGUGGACGACCUGACUACUGAAGCCUUCUUAGGAUCACUAAAACGGUUUGAGGCAAGAAGAGGACUGCCGUCAGACAUAUGUAUACUCGGACAACGGUAG